GACGUCUUCAACCCCAAAGACUCCCACAUGGAUCAGAUCAACACUUUUCUGAAAAAUGUGCAAGUAUUGUUGGAGGCUGCUCGCUUUCUCGAGAGCGCUGAAAGGAAGGACGGAAUUCUGUCGAUUGUUUGCUUCCUGCUAUUUGUGGGCGUGUCGUGCCGGGUUCCACAUGGCGCAAAAUCGCUCUCUGAUUGGAUAGAGGCGACUCAACCCUCAAAGUCUGUCAAAAAUAUCUGCCAAUCAAAGACACGGGUAGCUGCUAUGUCACGUGUUGCUGGGCCUGGCUUUGUCUAUUAACCACGCCCCUAGCUCUUGUUGCCUCAUGGGACUUGUAGGUCUUAUCGAGCAGAAAGAAUCUAUACUUGAACUUUCAAGUCACUCAGUGUUCAUUACUAAUAUUCAGAUCAUCACUGUUCAGUUUGCUUUACUGUAUAUACAUGCAUAUAUGAUGUAUGUAUGCAUAUGUUUACAUACUGAAUGGCCUUAGUCGUAAAAAGACACAAUUUCCCAGAAUGCGCCUCGCUGAUUCCGGACCCUCCUUCUUUUUAUGUCCCCGCCUCCGAGCUGUACAGCUAUGGAAAGCAAACAGGAGAGAGGAAGCGAGCAGCAGCAGGCACUUGCUGGCGCAAGUCAACCCGGGGGAUUUUUUUUUUUAUUGUUUACAUUUGGGUUUGUAGCAAAUAACAAUCGUAUUAAUGUGGACGUUUUACUAUUCUUAUACGCUGAUUUUCUGACAACCCAGCAAAGGAUUGGCUGCAGCUUGCUAGCUUGUCAACUCUGGAAACACGAUUUCCCAUCCUUGCAAAAGACCCCCAAUAAGAGAACUAAAGGCCUUUUUUUUUUUUUUUGCUUUUAAUGUACAUAUAUUGAAUUUAUUGCACUGAUAACCGAAGCACUGUCUUCCGUGUAUUUUAUAUCGUUGCAUUACUGCUGUCAAUGUUAAACGCUAGCAAUAAGGUGAACGACAGCAAGGCUCAGGAAAGAAUGACGGCUGUUCAGCUAAUGAAUAUCCAGCGUCUAUUGGAAGCCGCGGAAUAUCUCGAAAGGAGAGAAAGAGAGUGUGAACACGGAUAUGCAUCGACGUUUCCUUCAAAUCAGGACACAAACUACCAGAGGCAAAGGAAAUUCCGAAAUAAGAAAUUCAGCAGUAACCACAAUAGGUCCACACACAACGAGCUGGAGAAGAAUAGACGGGCUCAUCUGCGACUGUGUCUGGAGCGCUUGAAGGCCCUCAUCCCGCUGGGACCGGACUGCAGCCGCCAUACCACCCUGGGCCUGCUCAACAAAGCCAAAGCACAUAUAAAGAAACUUGAAGAAGCCGACAGGAAGAGCCAGUACCAGCUGGAGUCUUUGGAGCGUGAGCAGAGGCACCUCCAACGCCAACUAGAACUGCUGAGUGGAGGAGGCGGAACGGCCGUGGAGGGCGAGAGGAUACGCAUGAACAGCGUGGGCUCCACUCUAGGUUCUGAGCGCUCCGACUCCGACCAGGAGGAGAUCGAGGUGGACGUGGAGAGCACGGAGUUAUCCCACGGAGAGCUGGACAGUCUGAGCACAGCCAGCACCAGCGACCUGGAUGACCACAGCAGCCUGCAGAGCAUGGCCAGUGAUGAGGGAUAUUCCUCUUGCAGUGUCAAACUUGCCUUCUCCUCCUAGAAGCUACACAAUGCCAACACUGCAAACACCACCUCUUCCUCUCGCCCCUCCUCUUGCUGCUCCCAUCCAGCCCUCCCACCCGGUAUAUCCGUGCUCCCAUCCAGCCGUGCCCACGGGCCUCUGUUCGCCUACUUGCAGUGUGCCCAUCACCAUGCAAAAGCACUGUUAAAGCCGAACCCAGUAUCUUAGACAGGUGCUUUCAAACUUUUUGAGUCUGGGAACCUACUUGGGAGACAUUUUUAUGAGGAGCCCCUUUUAGUCCUUACGCCUACUAAAUAUAUUUUAGCUACCACGUGAACCCCUAGAAGCAAAAAUAAUUAUUGUCUCGCGUAUUUUCCGGAUUAUAAGUCACUCCGGAGUCGCACCAGCCAUAAAAUGCAUAAUAAACAGGAAAGACAAUUUAAAAUAAAAAUAGAAUAGAGGCAACAACAGGCUGAAUAAUUGUACGGUAUGCUGACGUUACAUGACACAUAAACAACAAACUGAGAACGUGCCUGACGUAACAUAUUAAGUUAUUCAGAUACCUAUAGAACCAGCUCAGUGGCCUAGUGGUAGAGUGUCCGCCCUGAGACUGGAAGGUUGUGGGUUGAAACCUUGGCCGGGUCAUACCAAAGACUAUAAAAAUGGGACCCAUUGCCUCCCUGCUUGGCACUCAGCAUUAAGGGUCGGAAUUGGGGAGUUAGAUCACCAAAUGAUUCCCGAGCGCGGCACCGCUGCUGCUCACUGCUUCCCUCUCCCCCAGGGGAUGGAUCAAAAUCACAUGGGGAUGGGUUAAAUGCAGAAGACAAACUUCACCACACCUACAUGUGUGUGUGACGAUCAUUGGGACAUUAACUAUAACUUUUUUAUAGCAUAAAUAACGUGCUAACAAGUUUACCAAACCAUCCGUGUUACUCCAAAUCACUAAAUACAAUGAAAGCUUCAUCCUCUGUGUCACUUUUAAACAACUCCACUAACUCUGGAGGGAGAAGAUGCGGCACUUCCUCUUCUACGUUGCUUACGUCAGACUCAUCGUCAGUUGCAGUUCCAAAUAUUCCACAGGCCUAGAGCGCCCUCUUGUGGUUUAGUGUGAAAUUAACAUGUGAAAUGAUAUAGCGUGUUAAUAAUUUCACACAUAAGUCGCUCCUGAGUAUAAAUCGCACCCCCGACCAAACUAUGAAAAAAACUGUCUUAUAGUCCAGAAAAUACGGUAAAUUUUUCUACCUAAAUGCAGUGUUUCCCCAGAUAGUAAAAAUCUGCAGAUUAUUGGCCCCUCCAUAAAUGGUUCUAAUUGAUUACAGGUGACAUAAGGUAGAAAAGCACUACUUUUGUCUAAAUGAAGCUCCUUAACUUAAUAUUAUACUUAAGCACUACAAUGCCACAAGAUGGCACCAAAACAAUUUUUUUUUUCCAUUUUUGUUGCUUUGGCCCAAGCAUAGAAAUAACAAAAUAAUUCAGCAAAUAACAAAGGACACAUCCCUACAAAUAUUCAGCAAAUUCCAACCCUUUAGAUAGAUUGAUGUGGUGCAUCACAGGAGGAAUAAUUUGUUUACUGCGUUUGUUUUAUUGGGCAACCCGUCCCUAUAUCUAGGUUUGCACUUUCAAAAAAAAAAAAAGCUCAGCAUAAUUUAUUGAAAACUAUUUUGCGGCUCACAGACCCCAGUUUGAGACCCCUGAUCUAAGACCCCAAAAAUCUGGUUUUAUAGCAAAACACUUUAAAUUAAAAAAUGUAAACCCACGCAUACAAGCCUAUGUAUGACCCAAGAUGCACUUGAAGCCCAUUUGCUGUUGAAGUCGCUCCGAGCUGAUGGGUGAUUCAGGCCGAUGGAAAGCACACAGCACGGUAACAUUACCCCAUGCCGCCUAAUCUGUCUUAUCUUGGACACUUGACUCGGUGCUAUUGUGCAAGUCCUCCAUCAGUUGGUAAAGCAAAAGCGUCCGCUUCCACGCGCUAGCCCGGAGCAAGACGACCACACACAAGUCAUUCCUGUUAAAUGCGGCGCCUUCUCUCUCAUGCUCUCGUUCCCUCUCAAGCGAUGAGCGAUCCUGCACUUAAAUACUUUUCAGCUGACACGGCACAAACUACAGCAACAAGAUACGACGGGAAUAGACGUCCACCUUUUCUCCAGCAGUAACAAGCAAUAACUCUUCAUCUUUUUCCCUUUGUGACCGUCCAAAAAAAAGCAAAGUCAUGUUUUGUUUUUUCCCCUCCCUUUGUAUAUACAAAUAGCUUACUGAAUUAAUGUUAAAGUUGGAAAAAAGUUAGAGCUCAUGGAUAGAACUUUUGCCUCUGUUGCUGACUUGUGUUUAUUGUGCAUUUGAAAGUGGAAGCGCGGUGGACGUGGCUUGGACACUUAGUUUUUGCUGGUUGACAUCCUACAAGUUAAUUAGCGUGUUGCUGUCUGGUGCUGCGCAAGGUAACGUGGCGGAAGCUGCAGAGUUUAAUUUAUUACACGUGAUAUUCUCUUGGAGUGUGUGUGCGUGCGUGUUUGUGUGUGUGUGUGUGUGUGUGUGUGUGUGUGCGUAUGGCAUUCCACUGGUGGUCAGGUGAUCCCACAUGUUGGGGAAAAUAAACGGGUUGUCAAAGUUAGCCAUCCCAACUCCACUGGCAUUAAGAAUUGCACUUCGCCCGCUGUUUUUUUUUUUUUUUUCCCCCUUCUCUUCUGCCCUUUUGAUUUCUAACAGAACAUCAUUUGAAUAUUUAUUUCUCCAUCCCUCUAACAACAGACCAGAGGGAGAAAAAUAACUUAUUGUUGUCCUGUCUUACUUUAACUUUCAAUGCGUAUUCCUGUUCCCUUAUUUUAAGAAUAAUGUAUUUUAUGUUUUAUUGGUCUUUGGGGGCAUUUGGGAGGGUAACAUAAUGUAGCCAUUUUCUUUUGCUUUGGAUGUUUAUUCAAUGGACACUUGAAAUGUAAAUGACCUCAAAGCUGCUCUUUAGUUGCUGAGCCUGUUUUAAGUCACCUGUCUUGGUUGGAGGUUGACCCCCGCCCCCUCGCCACUGCCAGCUUCGCACUCCAAAGUCACGUCCACAUGUUAUACAACUGGAUUGGCUUCCCUCCAAAGCCAGCCUGCUGGUCAAGUGGAGACUAUUGUGAGUGUGUGUGAGAAAGUAGGCUAAGGGGGCCGGUCUUCGCCACAGGCAUAUGCUGAGCCAGCUACUACCCAAACUGGGGUCUUUCAAAACGCCACUUUCCUCAUACAAGAGGACUUGUCUUUUUAGUUGAUAACAUGUGUCUUAGACUUACAACACCCCCAUAAGGUGAUUCAACAGAAAAACAACAGUAGGGUUUCAACUUGUUGGCACUGAAUCAGAAAGUGACCACUGGUGCUUGAUCCUACUAACACAAAUGCCAAAACCACAUCAGAACACCUCAGUGUCCUCACUCUCUCUCUCUCUCUCUCUCUCUCUCUCUCUCUUGCUCUCUCUCUCUAUCAUUCUACCUGAGGGACAGCAUACAUUGAUUCUGCCCCUCUGUGACUUUUUAGCCAUCUUUGUUUCCAUUUUCUUCUCACGUUACUUUCCCAAGACUGCUGUUUCACUUCUCUGACGCUACAGGGUGUGUCAGAAAUGUUUCAGGUCUUUGUGUCACAAAAGAUUUAUUUUUCAUUUUAAUGUGUGGAGCAGACGACAUUUACAUGCAGUGAAUAUUCGGGUCAGAAUUCAGGUUCAUGAAACAAUUGGAAUAACAUGCCUCAAUGGACAGAACUUACAUUUAAAGAAUCCUGAUUGAAUACAUCCUGCAGAAUGACAUCAUUUCAUGCACAGGGGUAACCCGAUUGCAUUUAUGAGCCGAGAUAUACAAUGCGCUGAGCAGCUGACAGUGCCUGGUCGAGAAGAACAUUGUCAUGUUAAAGCAAGCGCCCUACUCAUGUGACCUUAUGAUUUAUUUUUGUUAUAUUACAUCUUGGGCUCAAGUUUGUAUUAGUAACUGCAGGGAAUUACUUCCAUAGGAAUAAACUUGUCAUUUGGUCUUGAAUUGUGAUAUUUUGUGACACAAGUCCUGGAAUUAUUCUAACAAACCGUGUUUUUUUGUGUGUUUUUUUUUACAUCUCCUGAGGAUAUGGUCCCGAACAAGAAACCUUGGGCGUGUGGUUAACUUAGCAAGUGGGCUUUGUUCUGCUUUUAAGAGUCCAGGCAGCCCCCCCCAAAAGUUGAUGUUGCAGUUUUUGUUUUGUUUUGGGAAACCACACUCCAUUCAAGUGUCGUUGAAGAAAACGGGUCCUCGAGGUGAAGUUAAGGCAACGAGAUGAGUCCCUUGCGGGGAGUCGUCUGGUUGUUCUCAACCUGUGACCAUUCUUUGUAUAACAUGCACUCUGAUGAACGUGUUUUGUUGCAAAGUUGGAAAUGCAAUACUUACAAUAAAAAUGAGAUUUUCAAACCUAAA